CAAUUCCUCUGUUCUAAUUAUUUUCUCUCUCUAGCUUUCUCUCUCUCUAGCACGCACAUAUGGAAGAAGGAGAAGAGCACCACUUAAUCGGGCAUACUUCGGGCUCGGAAUCGGGCCCAAUGGUUUCAGCGACGGUGGGCCGGGCCAUGACCACUCUACUCAGCGCGAAGCCGAAGAAACUCCAGGACGCCAUUUCUAACCUCCAUUCCCCACCCAAAAUUGCAGCCCUUACUGUUUCUAUGGAGCAGUCACUAUGGUUUCUACACAAGUACAUAGGCGAAGCUGCGGAAACAGGCGAGCAUUUGGAUCAAGUCCUCGUUCCCAUUCUUCAACAUACAUUAACGACGAGAGAGUCGAAACGGGGAAACAGUGUGUUGAUACUGCUGAAUUGGUUGUUUCAAGACGAGGUUUUGUUCCAAGUCACCGUGACGAAUUUGGCAGCUGUUAUUUCGAGAAGGGACGAUCGCUAUGUGGCUCUUGGGUGGUGUAUUCUUGGACGCAGUCUUAUUGAAUAUGAGAAUGUUGCAAAGAAUGUCGCGACUAAUGCAAUAAGGGAGAAGUAUGCUGUAAUACUGAAGAUAUUUUGUUCGUGUGUCACCCAUCUUUUAUCUAUAAUAUGCAAGGGAAGCAACAUGCACGAGGGAUUUGAGUUGCCAACUCGGCUUGCAGUUGCUGCUGCUGAUUUUAUUUUAUCUCUUACCGUAGCAUUGACCAGAAAAGAUCUGCCAUCCAACAACAUAACUAAAAGGCAAACAUCAUCUUUUGUUACUGCUAAAAGUCAGCCUCUCAAUUCGUUAGUCACUGCUACUAAUGAUAGAGACGAGGAUACAUUGAGGAAGGCAUCUGAACUACCUCCCAGCUUGGAAUUGAAGUUCCUUCUUUGGAAUAAUCUUGAAGAACUCAUAACCCUUGUGAAGAAACUUACAGCUUGGAGCAGGAAAAGCCGAUCUUUGCAGGCAAAAGGAUUGGAAAGGGUACUUAAGUGGCUAAAGGAACUGAAACAACAUAAUUCUUCCUUUCAAGAUGAGGCAGAAUUGCAGAUGCUGAAGACUGGUUCCUUGCUUCUCUCUUCUUGUUGGAAACAUUACGGCAUGCUCUUGCGCUUAGAAGACCACAAAAUAUCUCAGCAGCAUAAAGAAUUAUUGGAACAAUAUUUGUCUGGUAUUCAGUUUUAUGCAGACGACCAAGCUGAAGAACAUGAUGCGAGCAAAAGCAGCAAGUCAGAGACCAUAAAUUUUUUUCUGAACUGCCUUUUGCUUUUGUUGGGCCGACUAGAUAAUGAGCAAUUUGCAAAUGCAGUAACAGAAUUUGGAUCUCAAGUUUCUCAAGUUCUCAUCUCUCAGCUACGAUGUCCUGACGAGGAAGUGAUUAAUGGAGCUAUGAGCAUAUUUAAAGCUGUUGUCUUAGGAACAAAUCAUACUUUAUCCAAGAGAAGUAUGGGUGACGUUAGACAAAUGGAUGCUUUACUGCCGCUGUUGCUAAAUCUUUUGGAUGAGCGAGAUGCAGCAGCAAAAGCUAUUGUUAAGCUUCUUGCAGAAUAUUGCUCAAUAUGCUCGGAUAGUGAGUGCCUUAAUGAAGUUCUGAAGCGCAUUGGCUCCAAAAAUGUUGCACAGAGAAGGAAUGCCAUUGAUGUUCUGUCUGAUCUCAUCCAUGUGUCUACUGGAUCGACUAACACACUUCCGCAAGCCUCUUGGCAAGAUGUCGCGAAUCACUUGUUAGAGUGUCUUGGAGAUGAAGAUCAGAUUAUAAGAGAUCAGGCGGCUAAAUUGAUUCCCAUGAUUGAUCCACCGUUGGUCUUGUCUACUCUUGUUGACCUAAGUUAUUCAACACAAGAAAGCGUGCAGAUAUCAGCGAGUACUGCACUUGUUGCGUUGCUAGUCAAUCAUAAACACAACCCUGAAAUUCUGUGCUUGCUGCUUGAUUGCCUCAGCAAACUAUCUCAAAACCCAGAUUCCGGUGCUGUCAUUGGUACAAAAGAAGGAUCAACAUUGGAUGCUGAUAGGCUCUUGAAGUUGCUUUCAGAGUGGGCAAAACAUGUUGAAGAUUGGCAUGUAGUGGUUGGUCCCUUGAUAGACAAGAUGUUAGCCGAACCAUCAAAUGCUCUUAUUGUCAGGUUCCUCAGUCAUAUAAGUGAAUACUUGGCUGAGGCUGUGGAUAUAGUCUUUAACCGACUUGUAUCGUAUAUGAAACAACAGAAAGUAAUCGAUGAAUGCAAUUCGAAAUGGAAAGGAAGGACAGAUUCGAAGAGUGAGGCUAUGAAACAUGAACAUUGCCUAUUUAAUCGCCUUUGCCCAUUGCUUAUAAUCAGACUGCUUCCUUUGAGAGUUUUUGAUGACCUCAAUUCUCCUCUUGUAUACGGUGAUCUCCCGAGUAAUUCACCUCUACGGGAAAACAGGCAAAUUAACAUCGAGGUCUCUGACUGCAUUGCUGCAUUAAUGAUUAGCAGGGCGUUGAGUAAGUCUGAAUUUGAAGAUGUCCGGAAACUUGCUGCAGAGCUCUGUGGGAGAAUUCACCCUGAGAUUCUCGUUCCAAUUUUGUCCUCGGAAUUGGAAGCCGCUGCUAAUGCCAAGGACGUGUUUAAGAUCAAAGUUUGUCUGUUUUCCUUUUGUACAUCUCUAAUGGUUAGAGGCAACUCUACUUAUAAGCAUCCUAACGCGUUCAGAAUUAGGAAAACGAUACACCAAAUUCUUUCAUGGUCAUCCGUGGAUAGUGACGAAAUUUCCAAAGCACAACAUGGGUGCAUAGACUGUCUAGCUUUAAUGUUGUGCACUGAAAUACAAAGUCCAAAAUCCUCAAAAGGCACGGCUAUUGCAAGAGAUUCUGUACUUGCGUAUGUGAUGAAUCAAUUAACAGGAGACAAGAAAGAUAGUUCUUUCGAAUCCGAGGGAAGUGAUAGGGUGACUGACGCAACAGCCCGACUCUCGUUUCGACUUUGCAUGGCUAAUGUACUUAUAAGCGCUUGUCAGAAGAUAUCAGACACUGGGAAGAAGUCUUUUGUUAAGAAAAUUGUUCCGUGUGUUAUCCGUUCUAUUGGGGAGGUUGUGGAGCCGGAUAUUAGGGCAGCAUGCGUCCAGAUUCUCUUCUCCGUGGCGUACCAUUUGAAGUCUUCGAUAUUUUCACAUUCUAACGAUCUUCUCAGUGUCGCUCUCAAAUCACUUAGAGACGGAUCGCAGAAGGAGAGAAUGGCGGGUGCAAAAUUGGUCAUGUGUCUUAUGGCAAGUGAAGAAGACGUGGUAGAAAGUAUAUCGGCCGGACUAUUAGAAGCAAGAGCGUUGCUUCAAAAGCUUUCCUCAACGGAACCUUCCCCAGAUGUAAGGCAAAUUUGUCGCCAACUUGUCGUAUAUUUGACUUCUCGUUAGUUUUUUUUUUCUUUCUUCUUAUUAUGUAAAUACGUAAUUAGAAGUUUCCAAGAACGAUCCUAAAAUGUGUGCUUAUUUAUUUUGAUCCGAUGAAUAUUCCGUCGGGUGUUUCCCUCGUCUGAAUUUUACUACAAUGCACAACUGUUUAUGGGUGCCAUUAUGAAGAACCCAACUAGCCAAUUUGGACAAGAAAAAUGCGUCCUUGUUGCAUUUUUUAUUUAUAUACAGUACAAAUUUAUAUUUGAAUUUAUU